AUGGAUAGAGGCGUUGGUGGUUUGCCAUUGGAGAAAGAAAGGGUCGGGAAUGGUGUUGGUGCUUGGAUCGGGUGGAAGGAGUCGGAACUCAAGGCGGUUGACUUUGGGGUGUUGAGCAAGGAACAAGGAGAUGUGGGUGGACUCUGCAGCAGACACAGGAGGGGAGGCCGUUAUCAAGGUGACCAGGCAGUUCUGGGAGGAGGAGAGCAUGGAAGCGAGGAGGAGGAAGGGGUUCUCACUGGAAAUCUCACUCUCAAGCUUCGCGCCAAAAUUCACCAAAAUUCAACCCUCUCCUCAAUCUUCGCUUCUCUCCUCUUUCCCCCAAAAAAGGUACUCUCUCUCUCUCUCUCUAGAAAUUUCUACCCCCAAAAAUCACAACCAUAUGAUUCAAAUUGUGUGCCUUUGAUCAAAUUAGGGCUCAGACUCUCCCAGAACAACGUCGCUUCUCGGCCACACGCUUCAAUUGCAGCAGAAGCCGCCGCAUAUUUCGCCGACGAAGCUCCGUCCCCAACUUCCGAAACCCUAGAUCCGUCGGAGUCACAAGACACGGUGGAGCACAUCCUCACGCACCGAGACGACGUCGUGAAGUUCAUGUAAAUGGAGCGCCGCCAUCUCCGGUCCGGCAGCGGCGGCGGAGGGCGGUGGUUUCCGUACCUGGACAGAUUCGACUGCGGCGGCGCUUACCUCAGCAGCGGGGACAUGCUGGAAGCGGUGGACCCUUUGAUAAUGGAUGUGAGGAAGGAGAGGUUUAGAAAUGUGGUGAGGAAUCGGAGCUACUCGGUGUGCUUGGUGGUGGAGGGUUUGGGAGACUUUGGGAAUGUGUCGGCGGUGUUCCGAUCGGCCGAUGCUCUCGGGAUUCAGUCGGUUCAUGUGCUGUCUUGUGACGCGUCGAAAAGGUACAGAGAAAAUCGCCAUGUCAGCAUGGGAGCAGAGGAGUGGUUGGUAUUGCAUAUUGAACUUUGGGACUCCACUCAAGAGUGCUUUGAGGUUCUAACUUCACGUGGUUAUUGAAUUGCCACAACACAUGUGGGGAUGGAUGCGGUGUCUAUUUAUGGCAUGGACUGGUCCUGCCCAACAGCAAUACUAGUUGGAAAUGAAAACAGGGGAAUAAGUGAUGAGGCACUGGAUUUGUCAGAUUUACAUUGUAGUAUUCCAAUGAAAGGCAUGGUGGACUCUUUCAACGUUUCAGUUGCUGCAGGCAUUCUCAUGCACCAUGCUGUUUGUGAUAGAACUUCUCGCCUGGGAAGUCAUGGUGACCUGACACCUGAGGAGAACCAAAUUCUUCUUGCUGACUUCUCUCUGCGUCACAGCAAGAAUUCAAUUAGCAUUGCUCAUGAGUAGGUGAAGCGGAAGGCAGCUCUGUUUGUACCAAGGCUAUGAAAAAAUGUUGUCUGAUAUCUGAUCUUUAUUGAAGAACGAGGACAAACAUGUAUCUCAAAAUUAACGGGAAGGGAGCAGUCCGUUAACAAACAAGGCAUGUCAGGCAUUAUCUUUGAGCACGCAAAAGUCAGUAGGAAUUCAUUUUGGAAGACCAUCAUGCCCGGAUCCGUUGUAAAAUCUGGAGGAUUAUCUCUAUUCGGGUUGAUGCUAUACCAUUUUGGUUGUGAUAUUGUUCAAUAGAAGUAUAGAACCAAUGAUCCCUGGGACAAAAAGUUUACACUAGAUGCUAAAUCAUUGUUCAGAAGCAAAAAGUUAAAACCAGAUGCUAAAUCAUUGUUCAGAAGAA